AUGGAAUGUGGGGGUAGAAGAUGCAGAAGAUACUUCUGGCACAUAACCGAUUUUCAUUACGAUCCCUUCUUUAGUAUAAAUGGAGAUACUAGGAAAGGAUGCUGGCGUGCGGACACGGAAGGCGGCCCCCGAAAUUAUCGAAAGCCUACGGGGAGGUACGGCGACUACGGCUGUGAUUCCCCGUGGGAACUUGUCGAGUCAGCUGCGAGGAUAAUGGGCCAACGGCAGGCCGAUAACGUCGAGUUCGUCCUUUGGACAGGGGAUGCCAUGUCGCAUUCCAUAAGACGAUACGAAAAAGCACUUCAGUUAGAAUACAUGCAGAAUUUAACAGAUUUACUGACGAAGACAUUCAGUUCCCAGUUCGUGUUUCCCGCCCUGGGUCACGAUGAUCCGGGGUCACAGAAGCAAUUGGGUCGCAUGUGGAGUCGUUGGCUGCCCACCGAUUCAAUGAAGACAUUCGAAUCGGGCGGUUACUAUUUGAUCGAGAGGAAAACGCAUAAGUUACAGAUCAUUGUCCUCAACACGAACCUGAUGACCAAAGGUAAACAUGACGAGGACGCGAACAAACAGUGGGAAUGGCUGAACAAAGUACUGGUGAAAUGUGAACACCACAAGGAGACGGUCUACAUAGCAGGUCACAUUCCUCCAGGAUCCGACGAGAGGCAAGGGACUCUUCCAGACCAAGCUUAUUCCGAUUACUACAAUAAAAAAUAUCUCCAGAUAGUACGAAAGUACUCCAAGAUAAUCGUGGGUCAGUUUUUCGGCCAUCUUCAUUCAGACACCUACAGGAUAUUCUACGACGAGGAAGGUACUCCCGUAUCUUGGGCUUUUAUUGCCCCGUCCCUUACACCUCGAAGACUCCACGUCGGCCACAACAAUCCCGGAUUGCGGUUGUACAAGUUCGACAGGUACACCGGCGAGAUAAUUGAUUAUUCGCAAUACUACCUGGACUUACCGAAGACUUCUAAGGAAGAUCCCAACUGGCAGGUCGAGUACAAUUUCAGCAGUUAUUACGGUAUCAGUCAGAUAACGCCAUUAACGCUGCACGGAUUAGCAGAGAAGUUAACGCUUAGCCCGUUGUCAGAAAGCCAGAAAUUUACAAGGUACUUUCGGGCCAAUUCUGUUGGAGUUAUCGGAGGUUGCGGCUUCGGCUGCGCCCUGCACCACUACUGUGCGAUUACGCGUGUGGAUUUUGUAGAAUUCGAAAUUUGUAUGGACAGAGUUUCAGGUGCUCUCGCGUCCUCCACUGAUAAAACUUUCAGGUCCUUAUUCUACAGCAGGACGUUUCUUUUAACAGUGAUAGUGAUUCUAAAUGCAGCCCUUAUCUCAAUCCUAUAAACGCUGUGAUACAGGCACAUUAUUAUGAACUUGAGUCAACCUUUUAAAAGACUCUCAGUGUCUCUCUAUUCAAAAGGAAAUUAACUCAUCAAGUGAUAUUUCUAGCCGUUUAUGUUUACGUAUUGAAUAGGGUGAAACUAAAACCCAAAUAAUUCACUAUACAUACAUACAUAUAAUUCCUCUUCCUACUAACCCAUUAAUUUGUGUUUUUAUGAACAAAGUUUCAAAGAGUUGUGCAUGUAAUAUACUUUCACUUUGACACAGUGAUAAGUGAUGAAUGAUAACUUAGCAUAAACUUUCAUUUUGUACUACAUACUAAACACUCAUGUAAAUAAAUAUUAAAAAUAAUUCUAUGUCGAAUAUAUACAUACAUACAUCUGGUGUAAGAAAGAGGACAAUGAUUUAAAACUGUAAGAUGUAAAUAUAUUUUUUCCUUUUGAGAA